CAAAUAAAGGUGCAGCCCUAGCUAGCUAGCUACUACUUCAUUUCUACUUCUCGCGCGCUCUCGAUAUUUGGGCGAAGACCAAGGAGUGAACCAAUGUCGCGUUGGGAGGAUCGCCAUUCUGACUCCAAGCGCCAUCGUUCUAGGUUCGACAGGGACCCCAGUCCCAAGCGGUCUAAGAGGGAUGGAAAACCAGAACCAGAGAGGCUACCUAGCAGUAAUAGUUUGGACAUCAAAAAUAACACAGAGCAAGACCAAAAGCACCGUCCCUCCCUGCAAGAUGGAUCGCCACCUAAAAGUUUGGCACCAAUGGAUUCUAAAUCCGAAAAAGGGGCUUUAAGCAGUGACACUGACAGAAAACCCAACGGGAAGCACGAAGGAACAAAGCUUUCUGCAGUUCCAACGGAUGGACCUCGACCCCGGUCUUAUUUCAAGCAUGACGAGCGUGGUAAUGCCGCGCGAGUUGGUCGAAGCUCGGGUAGAAACACAACUAGUGAACGUGGAUGGUGGAGAGAUUCAAGGGAUCAACAUAAUGAGAGGACAGAAAAUAAGAAGUCAACCAACGAGACACGAAAGAGAGAUGAUGGAGCCAAAGGAGAUGAAAAAGCCAACUGGCGCCAUGACAGGUUCUCUGAAGUGGAAGCUGAUGCUCCACAUGCAAGGAAAAGACCUUCAUUUAGAGAGAAAAAAAUCCAGGCUGAUUUUGAACAAGCUGAUGGAGCAGCACCAGAGACUGCAAAGCUGAGAUAUCUCGAUCAGCCUGUCAAAGAAAACAGAAAGGAGGAACAAGGCCACAACACUCGCUAUUUUGAUAGAAACGAAAAAGCGUUGGUUGGAGACGGGGCAGCACAUAGAAGAGAAACACAGAAGAGAGGUGGUUUUCCUUCAAGGGAAAGGUAUCGUGGUGGUGGCGAUGAUGAUGUAAAUUAUAGAAGAAGAGAUGGAUUGAUUGGAGGGAGGUCUGAGUUCCGUGGCGGUAGUGAUGGUCAUGAUAAUAAGUGGAAGCAUGAUUUGUAUCAGGAUGCUAAUAGGAGUCCAACACCUAAAAAUGAAGAGGAUCAAAUUGCAAAGGUGGAAGCACUCUUGGCUUCAUAGGUUAUGAUUUACAACUAUUUUUAUCAGCUGGUGCUUAAGUUUUGGAGUUGUGUAUUAAAAAAACUCUAUUACUUUUUGUUUUGUGUUUCUAAACAUGUAUGUUUUUCUUUAUUUAAAAAAGUACUAAUUUUGAGUAAA